GCAAAGCCUUAGGUUUGUGCAGUAGCAAAUAUUAAUGGGCUGCUGCUGUUGCUGCUGCUGCUGCAAAGUUUCUAGCUUUUCAUCUUUGGCUUAUAAUUAUGGCUAAGCCUAAUGUCUGUUGCUCCAUUGAAUUGGAGCCCAAAACCUUGAACCAAGGCCAACUCCACAAGGCUAGGGAAGUGGCUGCUGAUGUUGUUCAGAAACUGGAGCACAGUGAAGCUACUCUUGUAUUGAUUGAUAUGGUAGAAAGGUUGAGACCGAUGAAGUGUAUGUUUGAAAGAAGAGGAGGAGGAGGAGGAGGAGGAGGAGGAGGAUCAUUGAGAGAAUUUGAGGAAGAAAGAAAAAGAUGUCAGUGCUCUUACGUUUCUACUGAUCAAUCCCCAAAUAAAGUGCUGGAGUUGCUCAAGGAACCCCUUUCAGCUCCAUUUUGAAGCUUUUUAACUUCUAAUUUAAUUACAUCUCAAGUGGUAUGUAAAUGUAACGAAUGUUUUUGAUUUUUUUAAUUGCAUUUGGUAUAUCAUCACUACUUUAUGUAAGUUGUAAUGAAUAAUUCUCAGUUGAUUAAUUAAUUUAAUUGUCUCGUUGGGUAACAUA